UUUGUAGAGGGAGGGGGACAUCGAAAGAGAGAGAGGAGAGAGCAGCAUCUCCUUAGCAGCAAAACCUCCUCCAAACAUAUAACUGGAAAACCCAGGAGCAGAUGUGUUGGUGGAGUGAUGCGGAGACUGGGUGGACGCUGGGGUACAUUAUCUGAUGCAGCACUGAAGAGUGGAAGGUCUGUGCUUCAGUGCUCUCAGCAAACUGAAGGUUUUCAGGUACUAAAAAAAACAUGGUGGGCCUGAGAAACCGUUCUACAUGGGAACCGUUGUUACUAAAGGCCUCCUGCAUCAAGUCAUGUACCAACGGCUGCUCCAUGGGCAUCACUGCACACCUCACAUAUGCCAAUGCUGACACAGAUUCUGUGGAAGGUGUGUUUGUAUAUCCUCUUGAGGAAAAAGAGGUUGUGGUGGGCUUUGAGGCCAUGAUUGCAGGGCGGCUGGUGGGAGUGCAGAUCCAGAGCAGAGGGAAGCUGAAGGACUGCUGUCUGGAUUGUUGUCCUGGAUCUGUUCUCGAUGGGCAAUGUGGGAGCAGCCAGGAGUGGACCUGUUGCUGCGGGAUCUCCGCCCUAGACAUACAAUGCACCAACGGACACCUGAUUUUAGAUGAAGACCUGGAAAGAACCACCUUCAUAGUGGGUUGUGGUGUCGUUGGCCCCAUGGAUAUAGUGUCUGUCAUCAUCAGCACCACUCUAGAACUCCCCACGAUGGAAAAUGGAGCAAUCCGCAUCGUCUACCCAACACUGCUUACUCCGGUGGUAACUGGCCAGAUGAAUGCAAGCAAGAGUGAAAAUGGGGGAAAGUCUGAGGAAACAGGGGCCACCAGCUGCUUUGGGGCUACCUCAGGAAAACAGGAUCGGGCCUUGGACUCUGAGCAGCAGUGCUCACAUGGCCUUUUUACCAGUCCUGCAAUCAACCUGGCCCCAUAUGAACUCAACUUCCAGCUGCUGGUUAGAGGCGCCUGUCUGCUGGCUGGUUUGGAGAGUCCUACACAUGCUCUGAGAGCUGAUGCUGACCCGUCCGCCCAAAGUGCAUCUGCCACCUACAUCACUUUAGCUCAGGAGCAUCCGUAUGACAGACAUAUAGAGAUCAUUUUACACCUUAGUGAACCCCACAACCCGCUGGUCAUUCUGGAGAAAGGCCGCCUGUCCUUCAGCCAAUAUGAACAGCAGAUCUGCUCACGCCGCGAUUAUAUCCGAUACACCCGCAAAGAUUCCGAUCCUGAGAGGAGGCUGGAGUAUAUCCGAAGGCGAUACCACAAGGAUAUUCUCUGCAGCCCUGUCCUAAUGCUCAACUUCUGUCCUGACCUACUGUCAGAACAUCUGGAGCUGCACAAAGCUACCAGAGAGCUGCUGUUCCUGAUCGAUCGAAGCGGCAGCAUGAGUGGCACCAACAUAAAUCGUGUGAAGGAGGCCAUGGCGGUGGCCCUGAAGAGUCUUCCUUCUGGUACGAUGCUCAACAUUGUUGGUUUUGGGACCACCAUCAAGCCUCUGUUUACUUCCAGCAAGCUCUGCAAUGAUGUAACUCUCAUACAGGCCUAUGAGUACAUUCAGAGGAUGAGAGCAGAUAUGCGUGGCUCAAACCUUCAGGGAGCGCUGUCCUGGAUGUACCAGCAGCCCAUGCAGCGUUCGUAUCCACGGCAGGUCUUCAUCAUCACUGAUGGCUCCAUCAAUAAUGUUGCGAAGGUGCUGGAGUUGGUUCGCAGAAACACGUGUGCUGGCAGAUGCUUUGGUUUCGGCCUUGGUCCCCGUACCUGCAGGAGACUCCUGCAGGGAAUUGCCAAACUGACUGGAGGGACUACAGAGUUCAUUUAUGAUGAAGAGAGACUCCAGCCCAAGCUAAUCAAGUCUCUGAAAAAGGCCUUUGAACCUGUCCUGACUGAUGUUCGGAUUGACUGGUACCUGCCAGAGAACAUGGAGGCCCUUCUUUCACCCAAUGAAAUUCCUCCUCUGUAUCCCGGGGAUCGCCUUAUCGGUUACUGCACUCUUUAUGAUAUGACAAACUUCAAAACAAAGAAGUCAGAGUGCCAAGGACAGGACAGCAGAGGUGUGCACCGUGACUCCAUGGCUUCUGUUUUCACCCAUUCGAAUGAAGAGCUUACACCAACUCCCUCCUCUGAGCUCAUGCCUGUUCUGAUGCACUCAGACAGAACCGAGCUGGAAGAGGCUCUGAGGGAAAUUUCAAGAGAAAUUUCUUCUGAGUUUUCCUGUGCCAGAGACACUGACCUUGGAAUCAACCCAGGUGUGGAGCUGGAUUGGUCCAGUGACAUAAGGCGGAGGAUACAGCAGAGCUCCUACAUUCAGGAGCAGUACGUUCUCACUCACUGCUCCCUGAGCAGCGAACGAAGUCUUCAAACACAGUCCCACGUACACAUUCAUGCCUCAAGCUCUGACUCUGCAGGUGGGAGCUUUCUUUCCAACCCCCACUCUUGUGGUCCAGUAUUAGAAACUGGGUCUUUACCUCAAGGCCUUGAGAGGAUGGCCCCUCCAGAGCCUUCAUCCUUAUCUCGUUGGGCAGACUCAGAAUGGCAGCAAAACCUUUCAGCUCCUGACAAUCUAACCAAAAAGAAUGGACGCCUGGAUGGAGGUGAAGAGUCUCGAAGAAGACAGAGAGUAUUAGCUCGUUCGACCAUGGCAGCACGAAGUUUCUCAUCACCACAGGGUGAACUUGAAAUGCAUCGCCUCCGGAGAGCCCUCGAGAGGGUCUCCUUUGACCAGACUCUAGGUGGGCGGCUGGACGAAAGUGAUGGAGAAACUAGGCCUCCAUCAAGAGGAACAGUUUCCCACAGAAGCCUGACUGACUCCAAUGGACUCCUGUUCCCUGCAUCACCCCUGGACUGGGACAGCCUCACUGACCCAGAGUAUCUGUUUACUGCUGCUCAGCCUGAAGAUCCUCCCCCAGGUCAGUGUCGCUCCAUCAUUCAUGGCCUGCUAAGUGGAAAGCCAAUUUCCUGGGAGGUCACUGUGAAUGUGGGGCAUCUCUGGCCACCUGAGGAACAGGAUAUCCCAGGAGUCAACGAAUCUGAACCAGGUGGGGAGGAUAUAGGAAAGCCCUGGGAGGAGAUCAUUCACCACUUGGCGGCUCGCUCAGUAAUAAGGGACUUUGAAAAAUUAGCAGAAAAAGAGAGCGACACUGGACAUGGGUCAGGAAAACGAUACCGUAUGAAGGCCAUCCAGACAAGCAAGCACUGUAACAUCAUCUGCAUGUACACAGCCUUCACCGUUACAGACGAAAGCACAAACAAAGGCUUGCCGGAGAGUGCAGACAUGAGAAACACAG